AUGCGCGCAACGCCGGCCCUCUACCACAAGGGCUUCUGGGGCCGCUCGCUCGACGAGUUCAAGCGCCUCAGCAAGAUUGCCCUGACCUCCGAGGGCAUCAAGGGCCCUCUGGGCCCCAAGCCGCUGCACUCGUUUGCCGAACCCGACUCCAUUGGCGACACCAAGCUCAUGUGCGACGUGGAUAUCGGCGGCUUCUCGCGCGCCUCUCUGGACUGGAUCCCCGCCUCGCCCGCCGACGGCAGCCCGGCCCACGCCCGCUUCCACGGCAGCAUAUCCACCGCCCUGCCCCCCAACAAGCCCGAUAUACAGCGCUCCGGCUUCGCCGCCUGGCGGACGCGCGACCAGCCGCCCAACCUGUUUGGCAGGGCUGUCUGGGAUAUCGACAUGUACACCUACCUGGCCAUGCGCGUAAAAUCAGACGGACGGUCGUACUUUGUCAAUGUGCAGACCGAGUCCGUCGUCCCAUCAGAUCUGCACCAGCAUAGGUUAUUUACCAAGAGACCCGGAGAGUGGGAAACUGUGCUGAUCAAGUGGAACGACUUUGUGCGCACAAAUCAUGGUUUUGUGGUUGAGCCUCAGACGGAGAUAUUGAGGCAAAAAGUCAAAAGUCUUGGAAUCGGUUUAACCGACAGGGUACCAGGACCCUUUGAAUUAUGUAUCGAGAGAAUGUGGGCAACAAAUAAUAUACGCGAAGCCGACGGCCACGAGGAGCACUUGACGGAAGAAGCCCUGUCCAAAGAGGCGGCAAGGCAAGGAGGGCUAAAGAGCAAGAGCGGGAAGAGCGUCAAGUGGAGCGACUGA